GGUACACAGCACAGAACAGUAAUACUAUUGAAACACAAAAAGUGGUGUAGCCUAGCAACUAGCAAGCUAGGCAACCCAGAACUGUAUAAAAACCAAGAAAAUCAAAGAAAAGAAAGCCUAGCCAGCAACCUUGCCUAGGGAGUUGGGAUAUAGACUCAGGAAAGACCCAAAAAAAGAGUGAAAGAUUACAAUUUUCAGGGUGAAGGGUGAAGGGUGAAGGGUGAGGUAUGGUGUAGAGAGAAUGGAGCUCCUGCAAUGGUGGUAUGGUUAAGUUUACAGGGAAAAAAGAUGCCCAGAGUGUAAAGCUCAGAGCUUUGAAGCCUUUGAGUGUUUUCUGCCAUUGAAGAAGCUUUUUUUCUAAGGGGGAAACCUCUCUUUUGUGGUUUUGUUUCUCCUGGAUCUCUAUUGCUCUUGAGAUUUGGUAUUGGGUUCUGGGGAUUUUUUUUAUUUUUUAUUUUUUGCUCUGGUUUUUGCAUUUGCAGAUGAUAGGAAUGCAGUAUAAUAGCAAUAGCUUGCAGGGGAAAAGUGUUCUUGAAGUUUCUCGGUUUGGGUCUGCAAUUUCUCCCUCCUUGGUGCCCUCAGAUGCGGCCAAGCUCAAGAAAAAUGGCGGCUUUAGCAGCAGUGAACCGGUUUCUGUUCUUGAUACAAGGAGCCCUAGCCCCUCCACUUCCACCUCGGCUAUGGAGGCUAAUCCUAAUCCAGUCGGCCGGAAAGAAAAGAGCUUGGGAGAGCUUCACCCUGCGCCGGAGUGGAGUGAGGGGCCGGAAAAAUUUGAUCUUGGAAUGGAAGAUUGGGAGGGUUUGUUGCCGGAAUCCGGCGGGUCGGACCAGUUUCUUCUCCGGUGGAUCUCCGGCGACGUGGAGGACCCAUCUUUAAGCUUGAAGCAGUUGCUGCAAGGAGGGAACCCUAGUGAGAUCCAUUGCAAUGUGGGGUUUGGGGCUUCUGAUUCUGAUAACUACAAUGGUAACUCUCAAGGCCCAAAUGUUAAUUUCCCACUGGCAAUUUUAGGGUCUGGUGUGAGUGUUCAAGAAUUGCAAAAUGAACAAAAGCUCCAAAAUUUCAAUUCCCCAGUAUUGACUGAGCUUCAGAAUGUUGUGACAAUACCUAAUGUGUUUAGCUCUGAACUGUAUGGGAUUCAGCAAGAGCAGCCCCCGUUAAAGCGGCAGAAUUUGGGUGGUGUUUCGAGCUCGGGUUUUAGGGUUUCAGAAGGAGGUGUGUUUGUGAAUCCGAGUAAUGGGUUGUUGGUUAGGAAACAGGUGGAGUUAGGGCAAUUGGAGCAGGCACAGAUUGGGUGUGAUCGGCCACCGGAUAUAUUGUGUGUUCAUCGGGGGGAGCAGGCGCCUUUGCUGGUGCCCAAGCGAGAGGCGGGGUUUGGGAAUGAUGGCCUGCAGGAACAGCAGGCUGUGUAUGAUCAUGUUUUUAAGGCGGCAGAGGUAAUUCUGACCGGGGAUUUCUUACACGCUGAAAUGAUAUUGGCGCGGCUCAAUCACCAGCUCUCUCCCGGGGUUAAACCCUUGACGAGGGCUGCUUUUUACUUCAAAGAGGCUCUGCAUUUGCCUCUUACUAUGCCCAUCUCGGCUACCUCUCUGCCCCCGAGAAUUCCUACCCCGGUUGAUGGCGUGUUCAAGAUGGGUGCUUAUAAGGUCUUUUCGGAGGUCUCACCGCUUAUCCAAUUCAUGAAUUUCACCUCCAAUCAGGCAAUUCUCGAGGCCGUUGAUGGUGCAGAGUGCAUUCACAUCUUUGACUUCGAUAUUGCCUUUGGUGCCCAAUGGUCAUCUUUCAUGCAAGAGCUUCCUAGGAGGAAUAGAAGAGCGCCUUCGCUGAAAAUAACCGCCUUCGCUUCUCCUUCGACCCACCAUCCCAUUGAAAUCAACCUUAUGCACGAGAAUUUGACCCAAUUUGCUAAUGAAGUCGGUGUUAAAUUCGAACUUGAAGUGGUGAACUUCGAUUCUUUCGAUCCGAGUUCUUAUCCGGUAUCUUCUUUCCGAUCGUCCGAGAGUGAGGUGAUUGCUGUGAAUUUCCCGCUAUGGUCCAUUUCAAGCUACCGAGCAACGCUCCCUUUGCUGCUGCAUUAUAUAAAGCAGCUUUCGCCCAAAGUCGUGGUUUCUCUCGACCGUGGAUAUGAACGAACCGAGCUCCCGUUCCCACACCACCUCCUCAACGCCCUUCAGUACUUCGAGGCUCUUUUCAAGAGCAUCGAUGCUGGUAGCGUGACACCCGAAGCAUCAAACAAGAUCGAAAGGUUCCUCUUCCAGCCUAGCAUCGAGAGCAUUGUGUUUGGACACCUCCGUUUCCCCGACCAAAUGCCUCCGUGGAGAAACCUCUUUGCAUCUGCCGGGUUCCUACCACAGCCAUUUAGUAACUUCGCUGAAACCCAAGCCGAAUGUGUCGUGAAAAGAACCGAAACUCGGGGAUUCCACGUGCAGAAGCACCACGCAUCUCUCGCCCUAUGCUGGCAAAAUCGGGAGCUACUCUCGGCUACGGCUUGGAGGUGCUGAAGGCGUCUUUAUUAUGGCAACGCAACUUAAAGUUUGCUCGUGGGAGUCGUGGAGGUGUUUAACCGUCACAUCUACUAUUCGGUAUCUUAUAUGGAGUAAUAAACUUGAAGUACGCUAUUAUUGCCUCGGUGUGCAGUGAGUUUUCUUCCUUCUUGCAAGCCUAGUUUGCUACUGUCUAUGUAGUGUUAACUGCAGACAAAAAAUUGUCCAUUAACUGAUUAUUUACCGCUAGGGUUAUCUAUUUGGACAUCUUUUAUGCACUGCCUAUGAGUUAACUGUGAUGUCUGUUAACAAUAUUUAUGAAGUUAAAACCAGUUGGGUAGUAGAAAGAUUGAUGUUCCAAUUGGUUUGGAUGUAUUGCUGUUUCCAUCUGUUCUUCCUAGGAUGUUAGAUAACUGUUUGUUGGUUUAGAGUGCUAGACUUGUAGUUUGUUGUGAUUAUUAUGUGUUUAAUAGUACUAUGUUACAUUUCUGUACUAAAAUGUGUUGGUUUGAGUCUACAUGUAUACUAACUGUUCCAAA